AUGCGAUGCGCGAGCAAGGCCGCCGAGAACGCGUCUGCACGUCUCUGUGCGGACGCCGAAGCAGAAACAACAGCAACUGAUGUCCCAUCGGUUGCUGAAGCGACCCAGCCUGUGUCACUUGGUGACGCAGGCGCUGGUCAUGAAGACACUCGUGUCUUCACAGAGUACGAGCUCGGUGUCUCGUACUCUCCUGAUACGGAUGACGGAUCCGUAUCAACGGCAAUUGAAUCUAAGCCGCCUGCCAAGCGUGGCAUGGACGAUGCUUUGCGUCGCAGCAUCUUUGGUUCAUCUGAUUCAUCAGAUGAACCAUCGCCAAACUGA